AUGUCUAUUCGCCAGCCGGCCUUAACGCGGGCCAAGCCUGUUUCACAGAGUGCCUCACCAGACGACUUAUGGCAUGAAGCCUUCAAUUCAAUCCCUGCAGAAGACAGGCAGGCCUUUCAUGUUAAUAGCGCCAACAAGCUUGGAAUUCUUCAAGAAAUUCUCGCUAUCACCAACGAGAGGAGGCGGCUCUGUCUAGAGAAACGUUGGAAGUACCGGAGAGGCGACAAGGAGGUCAUAAUCCGUGACAAAUUGGAGAAGGUCACCACAUGGAUCGAGAAGUUUAAGGAGGUAGGGACCGUUGCGGUUCAAUAUGAUCCUGUACACACUGCUCUCCCAUGGGCCGGCGUACUUUUCCUCCUCCAGAUUGCAAUCAAUGACGGCCAGAUCUUUGGCGCGAUGGUGGAGGGGGUAGAGUUGGUGUCCAACACGACCGCCCGUUACGCCAUUCUGGAGAAAAUUUAUCUAGGAGAAGGCAAGGCUUUCACAAUGCACGAUCAGCUCAGCACUGCUUUAGUCAAGCUCUAUAUGUCAAUUCUCAGAUACCUCAGCAAAGCCAAGAAGUACUUCAGUGAAAACACGGCCAAGCGCAUGGUCAAAUCGACAGUCUGUUCAGCAGAAGCGAGUGUCCAUACAUACCUCAGCAUUAUCUCUAAAAAGGCAGCAAGUGUUGACUCGUGCAUACGUGUCCUCGAUGCAAAGGGCAUGCAGAAGCUACAUAUCAGAUCACGACGUCUUGAAGAAUUGCUCCUUGGGCUAGAGCAGCCAAUCAGGCGAUCUGCGAUUCAGCUUUCUGAAAUCCAUGACCAUCUAAAGAGGAACGAGCGAGCAAAAAUAUUGACAUGGCUAUCUGUUGUACCAACCAACUUGCACCACACCAUUGAGGGUGAGAAUUUUAUGCCGGCGUCCUGCUCAUGGAUUGAUCGCCACCCGGGUUACGUCCAAUGGAGGAAAUCGAGCGAGUCUUCAGUUCUCUGGAUCCAUGGAAUUCCUGGAUGUGGCAAGACCAAAAUGAUCUACUAUGUGAUUCGGCGCUUGCUGGAGGAGAACAGCAAUGUUACAAACCCUGCACCAGUAGCCUACUUCUACUGCAAAAGAAACCCAGCAGAACCAAAACGGACCGAACCAUGUGAGGUCAUGAGAAGUUUGCUCAAGCAACUUGCUUCGUUGGGGCCCGAUUACCCGAUCAGAUACCCUUUGGUCCAAGCAUAUGAGAAGAGAGCCGAAGCAGUGGAUGCUGAUGCUUCCUGCGUUCUUCAACUAAGUGCUUUAGAAUGCGUUCCAGUUAUCCUCGAGAUUUUAGAUCAAAGUCCGGCUACAAUCAUUAUCGACGCCUUUGACGAAUGUAACCCUGUCUCCAGACACGAACUGUUUUCUGCACUGAAUAUAAUUCUGAAGCAAUCGGCUAGUCUCGUGAAAGUUAUUAUUGCAAGCAGAGAUGAUGGCGAUAUUUCGUCGCAUUUGGCAAACUCCGCGAACGUGUGCAUUCGAGCGGAAAAUAACAGAGAUGAUAUAGGGCGCUUCGUUGAAUACUCACUUGAGCGCGCUCUGGAGACGAAGCGACUGCUGAAUGGCCGGAUGUCGGAACGGCUGAAGACCCACGUCAUUGCCGUCCUUAAUGCCGGGGCUGGAGGCAUGUUCCGAUGGGUUACCCUUCAGAUCGAAAAUCUCUGCGAUAGCCAGCGGAUCAAGAUAGAAGACGAUGUGCAACAUGAAGUUGGCCGGCUUCCAAGGACACUGAAAGAGUCAUACGAUCCCUUAGUUGGUCGAAUUCUGAGCCUUGCUGACCCUAGCCGUGUCUUGGCUGAGCAAUUGUUCAAAUGGCUCCUAUGUGCUCAGAAGCUAAUGAAAUUUAGCGAACUCAAGGCUGCCAUGAAGUCUUCGUUUGCUUAUAAGGACCUGUCAGUGGACAAGGUACUGGAUAUGUGCUCUAACCUUGUUGUGGUUGAUAACCUCGGUGUUUUCAGAUUCGCCCAUUUGUCCGUCAGAGAAUGCCUCGAGUGUCAUAAGAUAUUCUCCGCGACUUCGUCACACGCACUUGUCCUCGAGAGGUGCCUGGAGGCUUAUACAAGCCCGAGUCCGGAGUUGGAAUCUCAACCGUACAACGAAAACGGCUUCAUUCUAAAAUCGUAUGCGAUGGUCUAUUGGCCAAUUCAUUGCCAAUUAUCAACUGGUCCAGGUCCCAACGAGAGUUUUCAAAGACAUCAAGUGUUGAAAUUCAUCUUCGAGGAUGAUCAGCCAAGCACCGCCUUCACAGAUUGGGUGGAAGAUACCCAGCGCUUCUCGGAGUACCCAGGUUCGAUUGAUUGCGACUACGAUCUGCUCCAGAAACUCGGCUCGAUGGGAGAUUCAUCUUCUGCGCCUUUAUUCAUUGCAUGCUGCUUUGACUUGCCUUGGAUUCUUCAUCAGCUAGCUGCGUCUGGUUUCUCCCAAUGGACAGCCCGAAACAAACGGGAAGAGUCGGGUAUCUACCUGGCCGCAAAAUGGUGUAACUACGGAGCAGUGCAAUGGCUUCUCGAGAACGGCGUGAUGAGCCACGGUGAUACUGAAGCAGCGCUCUAUGCAGCCGUCCUGAACCAGGAUGAGCAACUCAUAAAUAUUUUUUUACAGCGUCAAGUUAAAGGACACUUGCCAAUACAGAACGGAGAGUCAUCGUUGCAACUUGCGGUUAGGAUGAAAGACAUCCGGACGGUACGCUGCAUGAUCGAUAAGAGCGUCGAAAUACCACCGGAGAUAGUGGCCGAGACAUUAUGUGCUGCUUAUGAGAACUAUUCUGACGAGAUUUUUCGGAUCCUGUCCUCUUGGUGUAUGAAACUCACUGCAGCUGAAUUCCUCAUGGUCCUUCUGUGCAUAGACACAGAAGAUGAGACCUGCCUUGAAUAUAUGCUGACCGAGGCCAAAAGACAUGACCAGGAAAAAUUCGCAACAAUUGCACAACUGAAGGCCGGAAAUUAUCUAGAAAUGAUGCAACCUUGUUCAGAUGGUAGUUUCAGCAUAUUGUUUAACGGCUUACACUUCCCACCUUUUUGUUAUGUUGCUCUGGCCAACGACGAGACCCUGGCAGAGCUGCUCUUCUCGUUGGGAAAUGAUGUGAAUCAAAUAUUCGAAGAACAGGGUGAUUCAUAUAGGUAUUAUGGGAUCCCAGCGUUGUACGUUGCAGUCAAACUUGAUCGGCUUAGCAUUGCUUCUUUGCUCCUCGCGCACGGCGCCAAUGUCGAUUGGAAGGACAACAAAGGGCGUCCGCUGCUGAUUCAUGCGACUAAGAAUAGGAAUUUAGAAAUGGUACAACUACUUCAAAAGAGCGGAGCGAAUGUGGAGGCGUGUGACAGUAAGAAAAAGACUGCGCUGUGGAUCUCUGUGGAGAGUCACCAACAUAAGAUCCUCGACUUUCUCCUCCGGGUGGCGUCGGCGGCGCCGAACGUAAACGCCUCAAAUCUAGACACUCCGCUCACGAUGGCAGUUAAAGCUGAAUGUAAUCAAUGUGUCAGAAGGCUUCUGGUGUUUGGCGCUUAUGUGGAAGCCGAGCAGAGUGAUAGAGAUCACGUCUUGCAUCACGCCGUCAUGUCCAACUCUGCCCGCAUCCUACAAUCGCUCCUGGCAAGAGGGGUUAGUCCUGACCCCCAGGACGCUUCCGGACGGACUCCAUUGCAUCUUGCGGUGCUUCGACAGAAUGCUACAGCUGCAAGGUUACUACUAAAAGCUUUUGCUGCCACAGACACUGGCGAUGUUUCCAAUAGGUCUCCACUUCAUGAUGCGGUCAGCGCCGGUAAUGAAACCUUGGUCCGAGUGCUUGUCGAGUAUGGUGCAAGUCCAAAUACUCAGAGUGAGUCAGGAGGAACAGCACUGCAUGAAGCAGUCUUAGAGGAUGACAUCAACAUCCUACGACUCAUUUUGAACGUGGCGCCUGACAUUGAUGCGCCUGACAUUCACGGCAACAGUGCAUUACACUGGGCACUGGAUCAACGACGGCCCUCAUCCUACGUAGACUUGCUUGUCGCUGCAGGAGCAUCAUUCAAUCAUCCCAACAAUGAUGGCGAGACUCCGCACGACUUGGUGACCAGAAUGAACUUGAGACUCGAAAAGAUCUCGCGGUGGAGAGAAGAAGAACAACAAGAAGAGAAGGCAGAGAAUGCCAAGGAGGAGGGAACAGAAAAGGGCGAACAGACAAGCGGCUUGAGAAGUCGAUCAAAGCAAGCGAGAAGAGAUAAAAAACUGGAAUUUUUGGCAGACUCCAGCAAAGACAGCGGAAGUGACACCGAAUAUGUAGGACUGAUCGAAUUGGAGAACUCUUUGACAUUCUCGCAGCAGAGACGGGUUAAAGACUCGGACAACCCAUUCUUUGAAGAUGACGACAUAGAGGCUGUCAAUGGUGACGUGGAAACCCCAUUGAGUAUCACCAAACAGCCGCACUGUGGUCCUAGUGUCGACUACUAUACCUCGCAUGGCGUGGAAAACUGGUCCAACAUUUCUUCCAUGAGAGUCGUUCCUUCGCGUCCACUGUGCGUUCCUUUCAGACGAUGGGAGCAAUGA